AUGAGCCGUCAAGUAGUUGACUCCCUCAAACGGAUCCGGAACUGGGUGUUUGCUGCUCCUUCCCCGGUGAUCAAGAUUGCGACAGGAGAGGGCAUUGCCGGCACCCGAGCGGCCCCUAUGCAAAGCGGCAAUAAUGACACAAGCAUCGGCGGCCGUCUUGACCAUGGCGAGACCUAUGAGAAGGGCGAAAACCAAGACAGCCACCGUGUUUGGGCCCAGGCGGACCUGGAAAUAGGUGCGAUACCUGACAAAGAAGCCGUGGAAAAGCUAUUCGAUGAUAUGCAAUCGGGCCUAGAGCGUCCGUAG